AUGACUUUCGACCUAGUAAUGAAGGAAGCAAUGAACCGUAAAAAGGGAAUCCAGUGGGGGAUCAAUUCAAGGCUUGAAGACCUGGAUUUUGCUGAUGAUCUUUGCAUUAUGGCCCAAAGCUUCAGAGAUAUAGAAGCUAAACUAAAUGACCUAAGAGUAGAAGCACAGCAGGUGGGCCUGAAAAUAAAUGCCAGAAAAACCAAGGAAAUGAGGUUAAAUAACCGGAACAACACUCCCCUCAGAACAGGAGGGGAUGAUAUUGAGCGGGCCAAUGAAUUUUGUUAUUUGGGCAGUAUGGUGACUGAAGGAGGAGGUGCCGAUCGGGACAUGGAAAACCGCUUGAAUAAAGCAAGAGCUGCAUUUGCCCAGCUGAGGGUGUGGUGGCCUGAAUUCAUCUCUAAUGAAGAUUUGUGGGCCAGAACCGACCAGGAGCAUAUUGCUAUUCAAAUAAAUAGGAGACAAUGGAGAUGGAUUGGGCAUAUUCUUCGGCAACCACAAGAUACAGUAGCGAGACAAGCCCUGGAAUGGAACCCACAGGGAAAUAGAAGAAGAGGGAGACCAAGAACCACGUGGAGGCGGACUGUAGAGAAGGAGUUAAAUAGUCAGGGCAUGACAUGGGCUAGGGCAAAAGAGCUGGCCAACCAAAGGGACCGCUGGAGAGUACGACACUUCCCUAACUGUGUGCAGACCGAGUAUGGAGGAACUGGAACUUGUCACCUGUCUGGAAUCAAACUCCCUUCUUCAGUGGUGUGA